UGAUGCGCAGUAUUGUAAUUACAGCGACUGUAGGACACUUAAAAAUGGGAUCGUCGCGUUCAGUUUAAGAUCACCAAGGGCGCAGCGCGCCUCCGUAGCGCCGCGGGUGCGCGCACGCAUUCUCACGCUACAUUGAACAGUCCACAGAGGGACUGUCAUGCCACACACGUAACAACAAUGGCAACCAGGUGGGGUAUCUGCAGCGCAGGAAAGAUCUCUCAUGACUUCACCGUGGCCCUAAAAUCCCUCCCUCCUGAAGACCACCAGGUGGUUGCAGUGGCAGCACGGAAGCUUGAUGAUGCACAGACUUUUGCUCAAAAACAUAACAUCCCCCAUGCUUAUGGAAGCUAUGAAGAGCUAUCCAGAGAUCCAGAUGUUGAUGUGGUGUAUAUUGGAGUCAUUCACCCCUACCAUCUGAAAGCAUGUUUAAUUUUUGCUAAUGCUAAGAAGCACAUACUGUGUGAAAAACCCCUGGCUAUGAACACUAAGGAGGUUCAGGAGAUACUCGCUGCUGCCAAAAGGAAUAAUGUCUUCUUAAUGGAGGCUGUCUGGACUCGAUUUUUCCCAGUAUCUGUUGAGAUCAGACGGCUGCUCGCUCAGGGGGAAGUGGGUGAUGUGAAGAUGGUGAGGUCUGAGUUUGGGACACCACUUUUGGAUGUGCCGAGAGCUGUGCAGAAAGAACUGGGAGGAGGAGCCUUGUUGGAUGUUGGCAUUUAUUGCCUGCAGUUUAUUAGCAUGGUGUAUAAUGGAGAGAAACCAGAGUCCAUCCAAGCCGUUGGAAUCUGUGCUGAGACAGGUACAGAUGAGACUGUGGUUGUCACUUUAAAGUACUCAAAGAACAGGAUGGCUGUAUUCACGUGUUCUAAUGGUAUGGAGUUGCCCAACGAGGCCGUUAUUGUUGGAACAAAACACUCCAUGAAGGUCCCUGCCCACAUGUGGUGUCCAACAUCUCUAAUUGUGAAUGGUAAGGAGACGGAGUAUCCUAUUCCAGAGCCUUAUAUGCCUACCAACUUUCUCAACAGCACAGGGAUGUGUUAUGAGGCAGAGGAGGUUCGAAAGUGCUUGCGCAAAGGGCUAAAGGAGAGUGCCAUAAUGUCACAUUCAGACUCUAUUCUGCUUGCUGAAAUAGAGGAUGAAAUUCGUAGACAAGUUGGGGUUGUGUACCCUCAAGAUUCUUUAUAGGCAAAACAAAAAAGCAAUUUUGUUGUAACCAUAAACACGGUACUUCUUUAAAUGGAUAUACUGUAUUUUUGUAGUGACACAAUAAAGACAAAGUCAAAUGUG